AUGGCUAGACAGAAGAGAACUAAAUUUGCUAUUCAGGAGAGAACUGCUAAAAGAAGGAAGGAGGAAGAUAAUAUUUUAGAGCAUGGUUCUUUCUUCAAUGGGGAAUAUCACUCUUUGAGUGACGACGGUGAGCAUGAUUCUGUAAAAGACAGAUGGGAUGAUGAAGAACAAGAUUACGAAUUAGCACCGAGAAAACUUAACGGUUACGAUGAAAGAGAUAUGGUUGAAGGAUUGCCUAUAAAAGUUGAUGGUAAAGUGGAAAGAAGAUUGCAUCAAUCCAGAACUGUUAAGAAGGUGAAGGAAGAUGAAAGUGAAAGUGAGAUUGAAGAAGAUCAAAAAGAUGAGUUUGAUAAUAUCAAUGAUUCAGAUUACAAGAAAGAAGAGGAGGAGGAGGAAUAUGAUACAGAAGAAAAAAUUAUCUUAUUACAAGAAGAGAUUGCAGAAUUAGUAAGUAAAGUGAUGGAAGAACCAGAAGAAAACGUAGCUGCAUUAAAACGUCUUUACACAAUGACAACAUCUAAAAACCCAAAUACUUGCAAGUUUUCAAUGUUAGCAUUAGUCACUGUAUUUAACAGUAUUAUCCCUGGUUAUAGAAUUAGGCCUUUAACUGAAACAGAAAAGAAGGAAAAAGUCACCAAGGAUGUUGCCAAAUUAAGAAACUUUGAACAGAAUUUAGUUAUAAUUUACAAAAGAUAUUUAGAAAAUUUGGAACAGUUAGCAAAAAUACCAAAUAACUCUGAUAGUUUUAUUAAGACAAAUCUAGGUAAUUUGGCCAUAAGUGCAUUAAACAAUUUAAUAUCCACUGCAUCGAACUUUAAUUUUAGAGCUCAUUUUUUGACUAUUCUAAUUCGUAGAAUAUGUAAACCAAAUUUGAAAAAUGAUCCAAUGGCUGUUGAAACUAUUAAAAAUUUAGAAUCAUUAUUAGAUGAUGACACUGAAGGUAACAUAUCUUUAGACGUUGUUAGAAUUUUCAGCAAAACGAUAAAAGUUAGAAAAUAUAAUAUUGAAGAAUCAGCUUUAAAUAUUCUAUUAUCUUUGGAUGUCUUACAAGAUUACGAUCCAAACACUAAAGAUGAUGAUGCUAUCAAUCAGAACUAUACAAAGCUUAAGAAGAAGGAUAGAGUUCAUUUAUCAAAGAAGCAAAGAAAAGCUAGAAAGGAAUUAAAACAAAUCGAAGAAGAGAUGAGAAAAGCUGAAGAAACAGUUUCUGCAGAAGAAAGGGAGAAAAAUCAAGCAGAAAUAUUAAAGCUGGUAUUAGCCAUGUAUUUGAAUAUAUUAAGAGAAGCUUCUCAUACUUUAGUCGGUUCGGUGUUGGAAGGUUUGGCCAAGUUUGGUAACAUGGCCAAUUUUGAUUUGUUAGGUGACUUUUUAGAAGUUAUGAAAGAACUUAUUUCAGACUUAUUAGCAGAAGAUUUAUCACCACCAAGUCUAAGAAAAAUAUUGCUUUGUAUUGUCAGUGCAUUUUCAUUAAUUAGAAAUCAUAACCAAAUGAAAAUUAGCAUGGAUUUAUCAAAAUUCAUUGAUGCUCUAUAUACAAUUUUGCCAAUACUGUCUAUGGACUCUGAUAUUGAAUUAUCUUAUAAAUCCUUAAGAUUAUCAGACCCUUUAAAUAACGAAAUUCUGAAACCUACAGUUAAUGUUUCAACUAAAGCUGAGUUAUUACUAAGAGCAUUAGACCAUGUUUUUUUCAAAUCAAGAUCUGGUACAAGACAAAGAGCUGCAGCUUUUACAAAAAGAGUAUACAUGUGUUUAUUACACACUCCAGAAAGAACUUCAAUCGCUUUAUUGAAAUUUAUUGACAAACUGAUGAAUAAGUAUCCUGAUAUCGCUGGUUUAUAUUCUACAGAAGAUAGAAUUGGUAAUGGUAAAUUUUAUAUGGAAAUGAACUCGCUUUCUAGAAGUAACCCAGAAGCUGCUACCAUUUGGGAAAAUACGUUACUGACAAAGCACUUUAACCCAAGUGUAGUAAAAGGUGUACGUUCUAUUGCCAAGCGUUCGGUAGAAGCAAAUAAAUAA